AUUGCUUAGCAUUCAUUGUACUGCUAAGCGCGGCUAUUUCUCUGUAUUUGCUCUCUGUAAGCAAGUUCUGCGAGUGCAUCGCUAAUUCCGGACAUGAAGGAUGUGCUUGUCAAAUUGGGGUCCUUUACGGGCUCCUUCGCGAAACAUAGGCGACAUAGCGAUAUAGGUCAGGCGCCUGCCAACACCAAGCUCAGCGAUCCCAGCCAAGAUGGGGUUGUCGUGGAGCAGGUCGCUUCCCUGAAAGCGGCCGAGGAGCGCGAGGCACGUCUGGCUUCCGUUCAGCCACUAUGUAUGGACACGACCUUCUUGGAUUGCUUUCAAAGCCAAUCAGUUUCUGUCGAGGAUAAGGUCAAGGCCUUUAGGCUUCUUAUUCAUUCUGGCCUACAAAACAUCGUCAUCGCCGCAUUUGUGAAUGGAGGCAAUCCCAAUCUCUUCUUUCUGCAGGCGCUGCGCUCCCAGCACCUGAUUGACGAGCGCUGCUGGGCGGUGUCCGAGCUGUUUGAUGCCAACGGCAGCGAACUGCCCGGACAGGACCUGCCUCUGGGUCUGUCCCGCAUGCUGGAGUUCAGCGUUCAGAACGCGAUGCUGGACUGCGAUGUGGGAGCAGCAGCGGCCGAGUGGGGGGCCAGCGGCGACAGCAGCAGCGGGAGCUCCUUCCAGGACCUCUGUGCCCUGCUGGAGAGCCGCUGCAGGUGGGUGGCGGCUAACCUGGUGUGCGGCCGCCCGCAGCCGCCUGCGUGCUGGCUGAGGCUGAGGGGCUGGGAGCGGGCCAUGCAGGUGGCCCCCACCCGCCUGCUGGCGCUGGUGCGGUGGCUGGGCUGCCUGCCGCCCGGGGUGCGGCCGGGGGGGCUGGUGCUGCACAUGGGAGCCCCCCAGCUGCCCUCUACCGCAUCAGCUAGGGUGGCGGCGAUACGGCGGGUGAUGCGCGCGGCAGGCUGGGCGGCGCAGCAGGAG